GACUCGGCGGCUUCCGUAGGUGUGAGUGUGGCUGCAGUGACGCAGAAGCGCUGAACGGGCAGAACAUUUCUACUGUCAAGAUGGCGACAUCCGAGCCGAAAGCACCUGAAACUGAAGAACAACAGCCAGCUGAAAAAACUGAAAACCAAGUUGUUGUGAAUUCUGAGAACUAUAUCAAGCACCCUUUGCAAAACAGAUGGGCUCUGUGGUAUUUCAAGAACGACAAGAGCAAAAGCUGGACAGAGAACCUGCGUCUCAUUUCCAAGUUUGACACAGUGGAAGACUUUUGGGCAUUAUACAACCACAUACAGCAACCUAGCAAACUUGGCUAUGGCUGUGAUUAUUGUUUAUUUAAGGAUGGGAUCAAGCCGAUGUGGGAAGACGAUAGGAACAAGCUCGGGGGUCGAUGGCUGAUGACCCUCAACAAGCAACAGAGACACAAUGAUCUUGACCGCUACUGGAUGGAGACGCUCUUGUGUUUAGUCGGUGAGUCGUUUGAUGAGGCAAGUGAAGAUGUGUGUGGAGCUGUGGUCAACGUCCGACCUAAAGGUGACAAAAUAGCAAUCUGGACGAGCAACUGCCAAAACAGGGACGCCAUCAUGACGAUAGGGCAAAAUUAUAAAGAGCGUCUGAGCAUCCCCACCAAGGCCAUUAUCGGCUACCAGUCACAUGACGACACAUCCAGCAAGAGUGGAUCCACCACCAAGAACAUGUAUUCCGUUUGAAAAACUCCUCCACCCCGGUUUCAACUUGCUGUAGAUUUAAACAAUUACCAAACCGCAUCAUCACAAUAAUAAUUUGAGUUGUCAACUACUGUAGUGUCUUUUCCUUUUUAUUGAAAAGAGAUUUGUUCAUAGUGUGUACAGUUGGCGCUUCCCCCAGCAUAAUGAAUAGGGAGGAGGCCAGAAAGGAGUAUUUGGCUCUAAAUGUCACGUGAGCUAGAGAACGCGCAUUAUUUCCUUUUUAGAGUUGAAGAGUUCUGUGAUUAAUACCAGUGACAUCCCCUAGCUUAGCUAAAGCUUUUUUUCAGUACCUAAUGGCUUUGAGUUGCAAAAAAACUUAACUUUACAGCCUUGUCUUUCUUAUUCUGACUUAUAACCCUCCUGACAAAUGCUGUUUGUCACCUUGCAGGUAAACUUAUCAUGGGCAAUUAACCUUUUCACAGAACAAAUUUUAAGGGCAGUUUUAUCUUGAGUUUUCCAGAAGUGUUAAGCAUGAGUUGGGCUUUUAGGCACCCCAGCUUGAGAAAUCUACAGUAUCUUAAAGUUUUGUAAAAGCAGCGUUCUCACUCCAAAUUAGGGGUUACAUUUAAGGCCGCUUAUUGUUUCAGCCAUGCCGGAAUUAUGAAAAUAUAGCUUGUAGUAGUUUUUUUUUUUUCUCUUUUUUUCUUCCCCUUACAUUUAUUUAUAAUGUAUGCAUUGAGAUACUUAGUUGAAAAACGACCAUAAAACUUGUGUUUUUUCAAAUUGUUUUUUUUCUCUUUUUGUUACUACGGUCAAUAAUGUGUUCUACUGCAUAUAGAUGACAUUUUUUUACAGUGUACCAUAAAGAUGCUGACAGAA